CUCUGAUGUUUUUGCUCUGUUUACUGAAAGCUGGGCUGUUUUCUGUGGAGAUAAAGAUGGUGGAGAGUUUAAUGGUGUAAGUCGGGAUCACGACGCUGUGGCUGAUCCGCUGAAUUCGGUCCUGUGUGGAGAGAAAUACGCGAGACUGGAGCAGCAGCGAGGGCCUGAGAGCGGACGAGAUUUUAUGCUGUCAGAAAUGUCUUCUGAUGAGGAUUUCUCUAUUGUAACUGGUGAUGACUUAAAACUACAGAAAGUCCAAGAGGAGAUUGAAAAGCUCAAGGCACAGCAUGACGCCCUGCUGAAAGACCAGAAGCUGCUCUCGGAUGCCAGGAACAGCAACGUCCAGUUUACUCACCAGUUCCAGCAGCGAGCUGUAAACAUCAGAAAGGACCUGGAGGAGGAGAAGGUCAAAAAGGCCGAGGCAGAGAAGAAGGAGCAGGAAAGGCUGGAAGAUGUAAAGAAGGAGUACGACAGGCUGGAGAUGGAGCUCAGGAGUGUGGACCAGAAACUGAAGGAUUUGGAGGAAACCAAUCAGAGCCUGAGGCAGCAGACUGAGGUGUCCACUGCAGUGCCAGAGAAGAAAGUGGUAUUUCACGGAGAGACGGCUGACGAGGCUCAGGCUUCGGGUUUCGAUUUGAAACCCCACAUUGUGUAUCCGAUGGAGGGGGGCACUGCGCUCAUCACCUUCGAGGAUGAAGAAGUGGCUGAAAAGAUCCUGGCUCUAAAGGAGCACGAGGUGAUGCUGGGUGACUGCAAAAUUGUCGUGCAGGCCGAGCCAGUGCGCUUCCUGGUGCCUGAUGUGGUGGAGAUGGACACUCAGGUUUGCCCGCGCCGCAUCCUUGUUUCCAACCUGCCCAACAAAGAGAGCAAGGAGCGGAUCCGGGAUAAGCUGGAGAUCCAUUUCUCCAAGUCCAAGAACGGGGGCGGGGAGGUAGAUGAGAUCGAUAUGCUGGAGGACUCUGGAAACGUGGUCAUCGCCUUCUUAGACAGCAACAUUGCCAAAGGCCUUACAGAUAAACAGACUCACGAGGUAGAGAUGGAAAAAGGAAAGAAGCACAAAGUGAAGGUCACUCCCUUCCUCAAUGGCGACAUCACACAUCUCCAGACUCGUAACGUGAUCUGUGAUAAGACGGUGCUCCUGACGGGAAUCCCCGCUGUAAUGGAUCAGGACAACCUGCAGGACCUGCUGGAGAUCCACUUCCAGAAGACCGCCAAUAGCGGUGGAGAAGUGGACGCCAUCAUCUACAACCCUGAGGGCCAGAAGACUCUGGCCGUGUUUGAACAGGAUUCUUCUGAAGAUGAGCAGAACCAGUGAGAGAGACCAUCGCGGCCUGACCACAGCCAAACUGCGACAACCUCGAUAUAUGCUGCCAUUAUUUAGCUAUACGGCUCAGGUCAGGUCAGGUUUUUGCUGCUAAUAUGGGACUGAGGAAGAUGACGGAUAACUUUGUGAUGAUUUUAUCCAAUUAUGCAAAGUUUGGAUGCACUGUGUCCAAUGACGCUGUUGUGGAUUUUCUAAGUGAAAAUAAGUGACAUUCUCUACAGAGAACACAUUCCUGCACAUUUUAAGACUCAAUAACUGUUUAUUGUUUAAAAAAUAUUCAGGUUGGCUUGUGCAGAUGUUUUGGCACAUUAAAUAUUGUAUAUUAUGUUAUCAUUUUUCCAAUAUGUUAAAAUAAACUGAAAUUGUGCACUAAAAUUGGCCAAAACACAUCAUAUUUAAGCCUGUUCACUGUAGAGGACGAGUCAACUUAUUUUCACUUAUUUAAUCAACAACACGUAAUUAUGAACAAUCUUAUAUCUUAUUUUUAUCACAUGUCAAUUUUAUCAUAUGUCAAUCUUAAUCGAAACUCUCAUAUUCAGAUGGUGCCGAAGCCCAUCAGGUGUGGUUAAGCUAGGCUAAUGCUGGAGCAGGGUUUUCUGUUGUAAAUGUUUAGCAGGUGUUUUGAGAUGGAUGCUGUAAUUUUGUGUUCUCCAGCAGUUCAACACAUUCAGUGCUUUUACAUGCAUUCAAUAAUCUGAUCAUAAUCAGAUUUCUGCAAUUAUUUGAUUAUUGAAAUGGUCACAAACAGCAUACACCGAUUUCUUUGAUCAGAGUAAGGUCUCCAAAUCUGAUUAAGUAAUCUGAUAAAAAGGCCGGAUUUUAGCUCAGUAAUCAGGUUUCUCAGUGCUGUAAACUCUUACUCAGAUUUCUUUUGGAUUUCCCAGUCUGAGCAUGUGUGAAGACAGUGGUAUCAGAAAUAAGCAAGCAGCAUCACCGCAAGACGCAGCAAAACACUUUGGAGCGACGCUGAAACCAAAUACAUGCUUGACAAAAUAGAGGAUUUAAAUACUUAUGCUUGUUCAUAUUUUCAGGUGAAGUGACUCAAUGUCUGAAGAAGAAAAAAAAAGCCACGGCACAAAGUUUGAGUUUUACGUUACAUUUACGUCUCGUCGUCUUCUGUGCGUUUAUUGGCUGGUCGCAAAGCAAAAAUCUGAUUACUGUCUGAGUCAUGUAGACCCAGUUUCCACAUUAUCUGAUUACUCAAGUGUAUAUAAACACAUUGAUUGGACUACUGACAAAAUCUGAUUUUCGGCAGUUAGCGGAUUAUUAAGUGCAUGUAAACAAACUCACUGUUUUACCUGCUUUAAUGUGUCUCAAGCUGAUUAUUAAGCAGUAAUGGGCUGAACCAGUGCAUGGAAAAGUCUCAACUGUGCAGUAAACAAGCCUGAAGUCUGGAGAAAUUAGUUGUUUGUGAACUUUAAUUUUGGUGAUUUUUUUAAAGAGGUUUUUGGGGGAAAAGGAGUCAUUUAUGUAUGCACUAUUGAGCUGUUUUUUAUUCUACUAUAUCGUUAUCUCAAAAAUGUAUCAUGAAUGCAAAUAUGAAGACUUGCAUAGGUAGUUGACGUUUAAGCCAGAAGAAAAAUAGAAAUAUAAUUUAAGUUCAUAAAACAAGCCAGUCAUAUUCAUAUGCAAUGUCAAAGUCUUCAAAAUGUAUUCAUUUCUCUUCUAAAGCAAUAAAGUCUUAUUUUCAGAAAA